UUUGCGGGGGUCUUUCGUGUUCUGGACUACACUUUCCAGAGGCCUCCGCGAGUGACGUCACUUCCUUCUAAGGUGGUCAGCGCCGUUGUGCUGGAGCGAGCUGCACAGCGCCCCGGCCGGGGAAGCGCGGCCCGUGGGUUCGUUCCGGUCUGGCGGAGCGUGAGCCGGACGCCGGGGAGGCUGAAGGUGACCAGAGACUUAAGGGAAGAGCCGCUGUUGGACAACUGAGAGUUUUAUCCAAGGACUGCACUUCUCCAUGAGGAGAAGCCAGAGGAGGACUCAUAAGUUGCAAUUCUAAGCCAUGCCUUGUAGGUUGGUGUUGUUCAAGGAUGUGGCCGUAGACUUCUCUCAGGAGGAGUGGGAGUGCCUGGACUUGGAACAGAAAGAUUUGUACAGAGAUGUGAUGUUGGAAAACUAUAGCAACCUGGUCUCACUGGCAGGAUUUUCCAUUUCUAGAGCAGAUGUGCUUUCCUUAUUGAAGCAAGGGAAAGAGCCCUGGAAGGUUGUGCAGGAUGUGACAAGAAGUCAGAGUUCAGACUGGGAAUCCAGGUGUGAGACCAAAAACCUGUCCUCAAAGAGAGGAAUUUAUGAAAUAGAAUCAUCUCAAUGGGAGAUAAUAGAACAGCUCACAAGACAUAAGUGUGAGUGUAAAAGUUUUCAAGAUGAUAGGGAAUGCAAAGACAAGAUUGAAAGCCAAUUAGGAAAUAAAGAGGGACUUUUCAGGCAACUAUUAAUCACUUGUAAAGAAAUUCCCAAUUUUAGCCAGACCACAUCCCUCACAUUAAAACGAAGAAUUCAUUUUCUGGAGAAAUCCUAUGAAUGUAAAGCAUGCAGAAAAUACUUUAUCCGUGGCUUUCAACUUACAGAACAUCAGAAAGUUCAUUCCAAUGAAAAAUUCUAUGAAUGUAAAGAAUGUGGAAAGGCCUUUAUUUGGGGCUCAGAACUUACUUACCAUCAGAGAGUUCAUGUUAAGAAACCCUAUGAAUGUAAGGAAUGUGGAAAAGCCUUUAUUUGUGCCUCACAGCUUACUUAUCAUCAAAGAAUUCAUACUGGGGAGAAACCUUAUAAAUGUAAAGAGUGUGGGAAGGCCUUUAUUCGUGGCUCUCAUCUUACCCAACAUCAAAGAAUUCAUACUGGUGAAAGACCCUAUGAAUGUAAUGAAUGUGGUAAGGCCUUUUUUCGUGGGUCUCAACUUACUUACCAUCAGAGAGUUCAUACUGCAGAGAAACCCUAUCAAUGUAAAGAAUGUGGAAAGGCCUUUAUUCGUGGCUCCCAACUUACUGAACAUCAGAGAAUUCAUACAGGUGAGAAACCUUAUGAAUGUAAGAAAUGUGGGAAAGCCUUUAGUUACGGCUCACAGCUUACUCUACAUCACAGACUUCAUACUGGCGAAAAACCCUAUAAAUGUAAAGAUUGUGAGAUGUCCUUUAUUCGUGGCUCACAACUUACUGAACAUCAGAGGAUUCAUACAGGUAGGAAACCACAUGAAUGUAAGCAAUGUGGAAAGGCCUUUAACUAUGGCUCACAGCUUAUUCGACAUCAGAGGAUUCAUACUGGUGAGAAACCCUAUGAAUGCCAAGAAUGUGGGAAAUCAUUUAUUCGUGGCUCACAACUUACUGAACAUCAAAAAAUUCACACUGGUGAAAAACCUUUUGAAUGUAAGGAAUGUGGGAAAGCCUUUAUUCGUGGCUCACAUCUUACUCAGCAUCAGAGGAUUCAUACUGGUGAGAAACCCUAUGAAUGUAAAGAGUGUGGGAAGGCCUUUAUUUAUAGCUCACAACUGACUCAACAUCAGAGAAUUCAUACAGGUGAGAAUCCCUGUGAAUGUAAGCAGUGUGGGGAGAUCUUUAUUUGUGCCUCACAGCUUACUCUACAUCAGAUUUCUCAUUCUGGUAGGAAACCAUAUGAAUGUAAGGAAUGUGGUAAGGCUUUUAUUCGUGGCUCACAGCUAACUUAUCAUCAGAGAGUUCAUACUGGUGAGAAGCCCUAUGCGUGUAAUGAAUGUGGGAAAGCCUUUAUUCGUGGUUCACAUCUUACCCAGCACCAGAGAAUUCAUACUGGUGAGAAACCAUACAAAUGUCAUGAAUGUGGGAAGGCCUUCAAUCGUGGCUCACAACUUACUCAACAUCGGAGAAUUCAUUCUGGUGAAAAGCCUUAUAAAUGUAAUGAAUGUGGUAAGGACUUUAGACGUCACUCACACCUUACUCAACAUCCUAGGUGUCAUUCUACUGAGAAACCCUAUAAAUGUAAGGAAUGUGGGAAGGCUUUUAGACGAGCCUCACACCUAACUCAACAUCAUAGUAUUCAUACUGGUGAAAAACCCUAUGAAUGUAAGCAAUGUGGGAAGGCUUUUAGUCGUGAUUCACAGCUCAUUCUUCAUCAGAGACUUCAUACUGGUGAGAAACCCUAUGCAUGCAAGGAAUGUGGGAAGGCCUUUACUCAGAGCUCACAACUUAUUUUACAUCACAGAAUUCAUACUGGUGAAAAACCGUAUAAAUGUGAAGAAUGCGGGAAAGCCUUUAUUCGUAGCUCACAACUCACCCGACAUCAAAAAGUCCAUACUGGUGAGAAACCUUAUGAAUGUAAAGAAUGUGGGAAGGCCUUUACUCAGAACUCACAACUUACUCUGCACCAGAGACUUCAUACUGGUGAGAAACUCUAUGAAUGUAAAGAAUGUAGAAAGGUCUUUACUCAGCUCUCACAACUUAUUUUGCAUAAGAGAAUUCACACUGGUGAAAAACCUUAUGAAUGUAAGGAAUGUGGGAAAGCUUUUAUUUGUGGCUCACAGCUUUCUCAACAUCAGAAAAUUCACAAUGGGGAAAAGCCAUAUGAAUGUAAGGAAUGUGGAAAGGCCUUUAUUCGUGGCUCUUUGCUUAUGCAACAUCAGAGGAUUCAUACUGGGGAAAAGCCCUAUAAAUGUGAUGAAUGUGGGAAAGCCUUUAUCCGUGGCUCACAACUUACUCAACACCAGAGAAUUCAUACCAAUGAGAAGCCCUAUGAAUGUAAGGAAUGUGGAAAGACCUUUAGUCAUGGCUCACAACUUACUCAACAUCAGAGAAUUCAUACUGGUGAGAAACCCUAUCAAUGUAAGGAAUGUGGAAAGGCUUUUAAUCGUGGCUCACUCCUUACUCGACAUCAAAGGAUUCAUACUGGUGAAAAACCCUAUGAAUGUAAAGAAUGUGGAAAGACGUUUAGUCGUGGCUCAGAACUUACUCAACAUGAGAGGAUUCAUACCGGUGAGAAACCCUAUGAAUGUAAGGAAUGUGGGAAGUCUUUUAUUCGUGGCUCACAGCUUACUCAACAUCAGAGAAUUCAUACUGGUGAGAAACCGUAUGAAUGUAAAGAAUGUAGAAUGGCCUUUACUCAGAGUUCACAUCUUUCUCAACAUCAGAGACUUCAUACUGGUGAAAAACCAUAUGUAUGUAAUGAAUGUGGUAAGGCCUUUGCUCGUGGCUUGCUCCUUAUACAGCAUCAGAGAAUUCAUACAGGUGAGAAACCGUAUCAGUGUAAGGAAUGUGGGAAGGCCUUUAUUCGUGGUUCACAACUUACUCAACAUCAGCGAAUUCACACUGGAGAAAAGCCUUAUGAAUGCAAGGAAUGUGGGAAGGCCUUUAGUCAUGGCUCUCAACUUACUUUACAUCAAAGAAUUCAUACUGGUGAGAAGCCCUAUGAAUGCAAAGAAUGCAGAAAAGCAUUUACUCAGAGCUCACAUCUUUCUCGACAUCAGAGAGUUCAUACUGGUGAGAAACCCUAUCAAUGUAAGGAAUGUGGGAAGGCCUUUACUCGUGGUUCACAACUAACUCAACAUCAGAGAAUUCAUAUCAGUGAGAAAUCUUUUGAAUAUAAGGAAUGUGGGAUAGACUUCAGUCAUAGCUCACAAGUUUAUAUAUGAAUUAUCUGAUUCUUUGUGUUUAAGAUAGCCUUCUCUGGUCACUAAUCCAUUAUUGUCAAAGAAUUCCUAAAAUGUGAAUAUGGGAGCAUAUUUGCCUCAUAAAGUUCAGCAUCAGUGAAUUCUAAUGGGGGAAGAUAACUAUUAAUGUAAUCUAUGUAGAAAAACCUAUCAUUACUGAAAACCUAUUAAACUUUAGCAUAUUAUAAUAGAGAAUAAUUCUGUUAAUAUAGUAAAUAUAUUGAGGCCUUUAGCUGUAGAAUAUGUCUUUUUCAACAUUACCCUGUCUCUACCAGCUGCUUUCCUUCAUGACAUUUAUCAUAAUUAACCUCUGCUUUGGUUUAAUCAUUUAUAAGAUAAGCCUAAGAAUAAUACCUUCCUUGUAAGAUUCUUGGAAGUAUUAUGUGAAACAUUUCAUGUAAAGCUCUUAGAGCAGUGCCUUGAACAUAGCAUAUCACAAGUAUUAGCUAUCAUUACUAGUAUGAUUUUAGAGAAUUUGCAUGAGAAGAGGAAACUUAGGAAUAUAAUGAAUAUUAAGAAAUCUUUCAUUAACACUUGACCCUGACUCUUUGAGUUGGGGGCACUGUAUGCUGUAAUGAAUAUGAGAAAGCUUUCAUUCACAUCUCAUCCCAUAUACUAGAAAAGGAAACUCAUACUGUUGCGGGGGGAACCCACAAAACAUUGUAGAUUUAAUCAGUGGAUUGUUGAAGAGAGGUGAAGUGAAUUGUAACAAGGUCCAGAAACUCAUAUGUCCUAUCAUUUUUUUUUACCACAAUUCAAGAAUAUUAUUUAGAAAUGAAUAACAAUGGAUAGCCAAAAUAAAAUUUCCUACUAGGAAAUUUCUAAAAACUUGAAUGUACAGCUUUUGAAUUAAACUAAAAAUAAACCAACAUUACUAUUUUUCAGUGAAACAUGAUGACAGUCUGUCAGGGACCGUUAUUUCCCUACCCAAUAUCCAUUUUUCCUUUAGAAUUCUUGGCUGAAAAAUCAUCUCAGCCCCUCUUGCAGGUCAACAAGAUGGAAGUGGUAUUGUACAAUGUAGGACAUUUAAGAGUACCUUUUCUCUCUUUGUAUUUCUUUGUUUCCCUGCCUACAAUGUGGACAUUUAAUUUACAGCUCUGGUGACUUUAUGGAGAAUUUGAGAAUGGUUAUCUGGGUACUAAGGAUGAUGGAGCAGAAAUACAGAAUGAGU